AUGAUGGAUUCAAAGGGCAAUAUUCCUGCUUUGAAUGGCUUGCAUAUUGCAGCGCUGAGCGGGCACCAGAAGAUAGUAGUGCGGCUUCUUCUCAAAGACCGAAUAGACCCAAACAUCGCGGAUACCGCGGGGUCGUAUGCAUUAACAUAUGCCUCGUCGGAAGGCCAUCAUAAUGUUGUCCAACUUUUGAUCCAGCAUGGAGCACAUGUCAAUGCCCAGGACAAUAUUUUUGGCGGUGCACUGCGAGCCGCUUGUCUGGAAGGUCAUCAAAAAACUGCCCAGAAACUGCUAGAAUGUGGAGCCAAUCCUAAUGCUGAAGACAGCCGCGGCUAUACUCCCUUGUGGCCCGCUUGCAUAGCCCGGAGAAAUGACAUCGUGAGGAUGCUCUUAAACCAUGGAGCUGAUUUUGAUUUUCCUGUACCAGUACACAACCGGAAGAUCCUGCAUUUUUCCUACUCGUGGCUUGCUUGGGCGGAAACCAGCAAAUUCUCAAAAUUACUCCGAUGUGCGGGCGCCAAUGGGAACGAUAAGACUGUGCGUUUGAUACUAGCCUCGAGGCAUGGUCUCAACCCCCAUGUGUGCAGCGAUGUGCUAGGAGUCGUUUGUUGGAAAGGGUAUGACAAAGUUGCGCGGGUCAUGAUAAAACACGGAGUCCAGCUCAGCCCUGAAGAUCGGUUCAAUUCACUCAGAUUCGCUUGUUUAGAUGGAUAUGAGAAAAUUGUGCGUCUAUUGCUGACCUCUGGGGCUACCCUCGAAGCCAAUCAGUACCAAACAGUCCUGCGGUAUGCUUGUUGGAAAGGGCAUGGCAAGAUUGCGCGGAUGCUCUUAAGUCAAGCUGCCCACUUGAACGCGGAAGACCACUUCAAUGUAUUACAACAGGCGUGUUUCGACGGAAAUUGUUACAUUGCGCAUAUCGUACUGACAUCCGGGGCCGUUCUCAACCCCGAGGAGUACCAGACAGUGCUAAACAUUGCUUGUUGGAAAGGGCACGAUAAGAUUUUACGGAUGCUCCUCAAACACGAAGCCCACUUCAAAGCCGACGAGCACUCUGAGAGGGUAGCCUCUGUUUGUUACGAAGGGAAUGAAAAGAUCUUACAUGUUUUGUUGAGCCAUAGGCCUCUAUCCAACAAUGAGCUCUGCCAGGAGGGGCUGCGAGUUGCUUGCAGGGGUGGAAAUUCCAGACUUGUUCGUAUGUUGUUGACGCAGGGAGUCAAUGCCAAUGCACGAGAAGGAGAACGUUGGACUGCACUGAAGAUUGCUUGUCUUGCGGGACACGACAAGACUGUACAGGUCUUGUUGAAACAUGGUGCUGAGGUCAAUUUCCGGGGUAAAGACAAACUAUCUGCAUUACAGGUUGCUCGGUACAAGGGACACGAGAAUAUCGUACAGAUACUGGUAGAACACGGCGCAGAAGAUGAUAGCCCCCUUGCCUUCUUGUCAAGCCGAUACACCGUGCUCCUGUGUCUUUUUUGGUAUUCCGCGAUAUUGGUUUACUAUCUUUCAACUAGGUAG